UGUGGGAGGGGGGAGGUUGUGGCAAUAGGAAAAGCAAGCAAAGAAGUUGGGGGAAGGAAAGUUGAAUAAGAAAUUGAGACGAAAUUUAGAAGAAAAUUACAUAGAGAGUCCCCAAAGAAAAGAGGAACACUAACAAUAACAGCAACAACAACAGCAACACCUGCCAGAAAUUGGAGAAGGGGGCGAGGAUUACGGCUACUUGCAGGUGGUGGGAGUGGCUGAUUGGAGCCUACACCUGCAACUUGAAACCACACUCACCAGAACCUGCGUUUCUCUCUAACCGUACACGAUGUGAACCCCUCACCACUGAUCACCACGUGGAUUCUUCCCAUUUUCCUUCUCCAUGAAACCUCCCCCUCUGGCCUCUUCUCUUCUUAUUUACUUAUUUCCCUUUUCUGGGUUUCUCUUUUCUCUCCAUUUCAAUCGCCUAUUUCAAUUCCCUCUUCUUCUCUCACCUUUUUCCUCAUCUGGGUUUCUUGAUUUUUGGGUCUUAGCUUCAGUUUUGUGUGGGUUUUGUGUUUAAGCUCGAAAUCAGGUGUGUUUGUUGUUUGAUUUUUGGUGAAUUUGAGUUGGGGUUUUGGUGGUGGUGGUUGUUUUUGUUCAAUGGGGGAGGCAAUCGGUGUACGUGGGGAUGAUCUGAUGUUGAGACUCUCACCGGAGAUGAGUAGAGAAACGGAGAUUUCUAUUUCUGAACCGCCGGACCUUACUCUUAGGCUUUCUCUUGGUGGAAUUUAUAGUGGGAAGUCCAAGGAAAAUUCGUUAGCUCGAUCGUCUUCGGUUAUUGGAGUGAUUUCUCAGAACGCAGAGACGUGGAAAUGGGAUAUGCAAAGGCAAACAGGGUCGUUUCUUUCAUUGGCGAGAUCUUGCUCUCUUCCGGCUGAGACGGACCAUCUCGGUCGGACUAAACUCAAGGAGUUGCAAUUGAUCAGAAGGAUGGAGGCUAAAAAGAGGCUGGUGGAGCAGAGGAGUGGCAGAGCACCUGCGGCGGAGGAUGAGAAGUCAGCGGCAGCACCGCCAUCGCCGUCUGAAGUGGCAGCUUGGGCCGCUGCUUCUGCAGCUAAAAGUCCUGCGCUAUGUCGUGCGAUUGAUAAGAUCAAAUCCACCCAAGGAAGCCUUUCUCAGAGUUAUACAAUUGAAGGACAUGGAAGUGUGGGAUCAAAGGGCUCAUCCAGUUCUCAAUCAUCACUGGAGUCAAAUGACAGAGAGCCAGUAGUGAACUCACAAACAAUGGCAUCAAGAAAAGCCGAAAAGUCAUUGAGGAAUGCAGCGAAAAGAGCAAGAGUUUCCAAGGGAUUGAUGGAAGGAGAUAAAGGGAUGGACGUGAUGAGAACGAUGCCAAGCGUGUCGACAAUCGGGGACGGGCCAAACGGGAGGAAGGUAGAAGGGUUUUUGUACAAAUACAUGAAGGGGCAAGUUUGCAUAGUGUGUGUAUGCCAUGGAAGCUUUCUUACUCCAGCUGAGUUUGUGAAACAUGCUGGUGGGAAGGAGUUGGCUAACCCCAUGAAACACAUCCAUGUAUGCUGUACUUCAUUUUCAUUGGAAAAAUGAAAGAAAACACCAAGAACAAUGAGAGGAUCCCCAACAUCAACUUAAUGAGAUUAUUGCUGUUAUUUGUUACCAUCAUUUCCUGUUUCAUCACUUUCAUGAUUUCAUCUAGAAUUCUUGAAGCAGGUGCAAAUCUCAGCUAAACUAAGAAUACUGACAAUGUGUUCCAAUGAUUAGUAACCUUCCAAUUUAAGUAAGUAUAGCUCAAUGAAUAAGGCACUGUUCAAAAAAUUUGACGGAAA